AUGUUCUAUAUAGGAACCGAAGAAACGAAGAUAGAGGAAAGCUCUGUCUCAGCCUCCAUAUCAAAAGCCGCCAUUUUGGAUUUGAACUCUGACAACAGCCAGUCUCCCUCGUGUGCACCACCUGAUAUUACCAGCACGGAUCAUAGGUUCCCUGUCAGUGGAAAUCACACGGAGUUGAGUGAACCACCUGACUUAAAUCCAGAGGAGCAUACCGGCUUGUUAGAUCACCAGUCACGCAGUCCUGAUGUAUUGGUCACAACUGUAGAGCAAGCAGACGUGAGCAAUUCCAGUGAGCCACCCAAUAUAACUGGGGCAGAUGCAUUCCCAUACACAGGGGAGGCCAGUGAUCCGGAUGACGCCAUACCAAUAGACUGUCCAGAGUUUCAGCAUAGUCUUGAUCAGCCUCAUCAGUCAGAUCAGUCUUUAGGAAUACUGUUAUCAGAUGAUUUCAACCCGGAGGAAUCGGAACACCAGGACCCAUACUUUGGAGACAACCAAACUUCUACAGAGCUUUUAGAUUCUGAUGACUGCUCUCCUGAAGGGUUUCUGGCAUCCUCUUUCCCAGAAUCCAAUUUAGCGGAAUCUUUACAAGCUGUCGCUCCUGGUGAUAUUCUUGCUGUUUCUCUACCCCAGCCUCCACCUAUCACACUAAAACUCUCCACUCCACCUAUUAAACGUGGCCCAGGGAGGCCCAGAAAAGAUGGUGUUGGUCCAAUUCAGAGAAAGAGAGUCUCUCUUGGUAAAACCAGCACUAAGAGCUCCAUAAAGAAGGGGGUGCACAUCCAUCCAAGCUUUGCAGGUCUUGUGCGCUCGUUUCAAGGCAGUGUUAUGGAUUCAGUACCUAUGGAGUCUACAACCCAGGACGCCACACAGGUUGUGGCGUCAGAUAUUGCAGGGCCAUCAUCUAUGAUGCUGGAUUACGAUCAGGACGUGCCUGGCAUGGCUAUGGAAGAUGACCAGGCUUCAUCAAGUUACUCUGUGAUGUCAGGAGAGGGCUCUGAUCCUCUAGAACCAUUGAUGCCCACAAAGCUGUGCAGUUUGUGUAACUGUGGAGAGCGUAGCCUGCUGGGACAGGGCGAGUUGGGGAGGUAUGAUCCCACCCCAGGCUUUAACCCACUGAAGAAGACAUUAGGAAAGUCUCGCAAUAAAACACCUGAGUUUGAUGAGCGUACCACGAGUGAGAAAGGUCCAAAGCCUCUGACAUGGAGACGCCAUAGAGGACCACUAAAGGGCAACAAUGAUAUUCUACAACUUAACAGGGAGCGUAGCAAGUCCCCCCGUCGGUAUCCCCAUAAUUCGGAUGAAGACCCUACCUGUAUACUUGGUGAUGAGCUGAGUAUGGUUGGACAUCCAGAAGAUAUAGACCUAACACAGGUGUUUGAGCCAUCAGGACACACACUGGCCCACCACUGUUGUGCAGCAUGGUCUGAGGGAGUGGUACAGACACAUGAUCUGCUGCUCAAAUAUGUUGACAGGGCUGUGUAUACUGGUUUAUCUCAAAAAUGCAGUUAUUGCCGUAACUAUGGUGCUACUAUCAACUGUCGUGUGACCAAGUGCAAUAAGAAAUAUCAUUAUCCAUGCGCAUCAGCAAGGGGCUGUUUCCAGGAUAUAAAGACUCUAUCAUUGCUGUGCCCUGACCACACUGACCAGGCAGAAACUAUAGCGGGUGAGGAGGCUCUAUGUGUUAUAUGUGACCUGGUGGGCAACAUUUCUGAGCAGCUUUUCUGUACAAGCUGUGGUCACCACUAUCAUGGCAGUUGUUUGCAUCCCUCUGUGGCCAUGACACCAGAAGUCCGUGCUGGAUGGCAGUGUCCAGACUGUAAGAUCUGUCAGAUGUGUCGACACCCUGGAGAAGACAGUAAGAUGCUGGUGUGCGACACAUGUGAUAAAGGAUACCACACAUUCUGUCUCAAGCCUGUCAUGACAACAAUCCCUAAGAAUGGCUGGAAGUGCAAGAACUGCCGUGUUUGUGGUGACUGUGGUUCAAGAACACCUGGUAGUGGUCCUAGCUCUCGAUGGCACCUCAACUACUCCGUCUGUGAUAGCUGUUACCAACAGAGAAACAAAGGCUUGUCCUGCCCACUGUGUGGGAAGGCUUACCGACAGUUCACACAAAAGGAGAUGAUACUGUGUAAUACAUGUAAAAAACAUGUUCAUGCUGAGUGUGAUGAGACAAUUGACUCGGGCUUGCUGCAGAAAGUUAAAGAAGGACUAGACACCGAUUAUACCUGUGCUUUUUGUCGCAACAGAGACCCUGAUCUUACUAGCCCCUCACAUCCCCACCCUCACGGGGAGGGACAUGGCAUUGGCAGCAAGGGAGGAAAACUUAGUGCUAUGAGUCGCAAGAAGAUGGGUGCUGGUAGGCCAAGGGGGAGACCACUUGCACCAGAAAAGAAGAAACGCCCUCCAACAUUUGGGGAAAGGAAAAGAGGACCAAAGCCAAAAUUAAAAACUGGUCAGCUUGGUAUUUCUGGGCAGAUAACUUCUGCACCAGCUGGAGAAUCUAAAAAUAAAGCCCAGGAUGACGAUGAUGAUGGAGAUGAUCAUCCAACCACACUCAUUUUAGCCAACUCUAAAGACGAAUUUGUAUUGGAACAGGAUGUUUGUAAGAGCUGUGGUAGUUUUGGGAAGGGAAAGGAGGGCAAGCUUAUAGUGUGUACCCAAUGUGGACAGUGUUACCAUCCUUACUGUGUCAGUGUCAAAGUGACCAAGGUUGUGCUACAGAAAGGAUGGCGGUGCUUAGAUUGUACUGUGUGUGAGGGAUGUGGCAAACCCCAUGACGAAGGUCGACUCAUUCUGUGUGAUGAAUGUGACAUCAGCUACCACAUCUACUGUCUUGAUCCACCACUUGACCAUGUCCCAAAAGGCACCUGGAAAUGUAAAUGGUGCGUGAUGUGUGUGAACUGUGGGUCUACCACGCCAGGGUUUGGCUGUCAGUGGCAGAACAAUUACACACAGUGUGGACCAUGCAGUAGUAAACAGGAAUGUCCAGCCUGUCAGAAAUACUACCAUGAGGAUGAACUAGUUAUCCAGUGUGUCCAAUGUGACCGCUGGAUUCAUGGACACUGUGACCAGCUGAAGAAUGAGGAUGACGCUGAGCGUGCUGCAGAUUUUGGGUACCACUGUCUGUUCUGUCGACCCAAGACUGGUCAGCCAGGUCCAUUGCCACCCCCACCACCGCCAUCACCCCCAGAGGAGAUAGAAAUGAAGCCUCUCUCUCCACCACCACCGCCACCACCACCACCUCCCCCUCUGAUGCCACUAAGGGAGCCAGAACCUCCAAAGAAAUUUUUCUUGGAUGGAGUGUGCCUGUCCGAGUCUGGUCACCAGCAGAUACAGAGUAUCACUGUCCAAGUGCCGAAGCCCAAACGUGUGCGAAAGAAGAUUGAAGUGAAGCCGCCAGUCUCAGAGGGGGCUGGCAUUCCUCCUCAAGGUCCUUCUGUUGCACGCUUAAUGUCCAUGCAGAGUCAGUCUUCUGUUGAUGGUGAAGAAUCCCUAGAUAUCCUCAAAGAUGAUGACGGAAAGUUGGUGGAUCUUGGUGAGGGGUUAAGUAUUCCCCCAUCAGCCUUAAUGGAAGGAGACAUUGGACCUGAUGGAAUGGGACUCCUAAGUCCCACCCUCGCACCUGGACUGCCAGUGACUACUGAUGGGGCACCUGUCCCAGAGAAAAAGAAGAGAUGUAGACGUAACACAGUCAAUAUAGGUAUUGGGGGCUUUAUGGUACGUAGCAGAGUAAGGCCACAGGCAAAACAACAGCAGACAGAGACAGUAGCAGCUACAGUAGAGGAGGGUCAGCCAAAACCUGAAGCAAACAUUGAAGCGACAGAUAAACAGCCAGCUGAUGGAGAAACACCUACUGAAGAACCCAAAAAGAAACGGAUACGACGAACAAAGAAAAAGAGUGCUCUAGAAGAAAACUUCCCAUCUUACAUGCAGGAGGCCUUUUUUGGUAAAGACAUACUUGAGAAGACGAAAACAACUAGCAAGGAGUCUGUGAAAAUUGAUUCUGGGUCAGACUUGGAUGAGUCGAGGUCCUCUCCAAUGAACCUUGAUUUAAGGGGAGAUAAUCAAGCCAUAGUUGGUCAGGGAUUACUUCCAACACCCACAGUCAAGGUGCCAUCCAGUAGUCACCUGCUGCCCUCUGUUGGCCAACCUCUCUUGAAUCCCUUGGGUGUUACAGGAAGCAAUGAUGAUUUACAAGACAGUGAUCUAGAGUUACUGCCAGAUCCAUUACCACAGGAUGAGGAGUUACUCAGCAUCAUCAACAAAGAACUGGCCAAGGACCCGAAUGAUUUACCAAUACUCUCAAGUGGAACGAUGGAACCAGAAUCUCGUUCAGAGGAAUCUAGUCAAAAGCCUGAACAUCAAGCCAACCUGGAUGGUAUCCUAAGUCCUAGUAUUGAUGAGGAUGAGAAAAACUUGGAUGUUGACAAGAUUUUUACUGAUGGUCUAGUGCACAUGGAUAUUAAGACUGUAGAAGAUAUCUUUAAAGGUGUGCUGGAACCAGAUCCUCGUCCAUCAGGUCCUCCUGCUCCCCCAGGAUUCAACAUGCCUGGUCCUGCCCCACACAUUCCUGGACAGGAGCAGCCUCACCCUCCAGGCAUGGACCACCCACAGGUCCCCAUGAAUCCAGGCAUGGGGCAAGCACCACUGGCACCUCUGGUCAUGCCACCACCCAAAGGCUUUCCCUCUAACUACAGUCCAAGUUCCAUGAGUCCUGGAGGCUUCCCAAACAACCAGCCACCAUGGCAACAGGUGAUGGCCCAGGAGGAGGAGCAGCAAGAACAGGUGACAAGUCGUAGGAACAUGCAGAAGUGGGAGUCGGACGAGGAACUGGGAGAGCAUGCCACUAUAUCAGCUGUUCUUUACUGCAAUCUCAAACACCCAGAACUACGUCGUGAACACCCAGAUUGGCAAGAAAGGGUGAAGAAGAUAGGCAAGAUCUGGAGGCAGUUACCAUCAGAUGAUAAACAACCAUAUUUGCUUCAAGCAAGAAAAAAUCGAUCAUCUAGUAAAGGACAGAAAGCAAGAAAGGCAAAGCGAGAGCAGGCAGCAGCAGCAGCCAUGGGACCUCCUCCUUUACCCUCCUACUCUCAGCCUACCACACCAGAUGGCCUUGGCUCGCCUAUGUCUGGUAUGGCGCCAGGACAAGAGAUCUGCAGCCCUCUUGGCCGCAGCAACAGCAACUCUCAAAUCAUGGCACCAAAGACACCAGAUGGUCAAUCCCCCAGUCACUUGAUGGGAGGUGUGCCACUAAGUCCUAGCCAUCCUGGUGGAGUCCAGUCUAUGAUGCACCUUCAGGACCCCUACGCUCAGCCACCAGGGACUCCUAUGUCUAUGGACAUGGCUGGGAUGGGCCCUCGACCAAUGCGCCCACAGAUCCGGCCUCCAGAUCCAUAUGCCCAGGCUCCUGCCACACCAAGACCUCAUGACCCCUUUAGUCAACCUCGCCCACAGGGGCCAUUCCAGCCAGGGAUGAAUAUGCAAAGACCACAAGACCCAUAUGGGCAGCACCCAGGGACACCUCGCCAGCCAAACAUGUACCCUCAACAUGAGGCCACACCACGCCCUCCUGGGCCAUACAACCAUCCUGCCUCCUCGCUACCCCCUGACCAAAUUGGGGGACCCUUCAGAGGACCCCCAGGACGAGUGCCUGAUCUAUUCAACCAAGAAAACAAUGCCUACUCUCAACAAAUGGCAACAGGAAGAAGUUCUGUACCAACAACACCUCAACAGUCCCCGUCAAAACCUCAGUGGCCUGGUAUGGCCCAGGAAUCUGACCCAUAUGAGCAUCCAGUCCCUACUCCAAGACCUGUGAUGCCUAGUAGUGUGGAGGGCAUAUCCUCACCGUCUACUCCACAGACACCAACAUCACAGCCCUAUGAUCCAUUCUCACAGCACCCUUCAGUGCCCACUCGUUCAGGACCGCUACCGGGCAUGACUAAACCAAUGUUGUCCAGACAGGCCUCUGUGACAUCUGACCCAUAUGCACACCCUCCCUCUACUCCAGGAGGCCCUAUGAAUCGAUCUGAUGAUCCUUAUGCUUUCUCACCCCCCACACCACGCCCUGUGUCUGAGUCUUACAGUCCCCGUUCUGCUGGAAAGGCAGAACUCUCUCCCCAGCAGGGGGCUCAUCGCCCUAUGGUUGGAGACCCUUAUUCCCAAAUGUUACCAGGAAAGGGCCCAAUGCCUGGGCAGCCAGGGCCACCAGGGCCAGAGGGAUUUAUCCAGCAUCCCAACAUGGCAGGAGGUCCACAGCGGUCGAUGCCUGGUCCCCAAGGACAACAAGUCCCUUCAGCAGACUCUUUUGGGAUGCCAGUACGCCACCCAUUUCGAGCACCAGUGCCACCCACUUCACAAGCCAGACCACAUGGCUACCAGGAACCUCAUAUGCCACAAGGUCCACAUCAUCAUGGUGGCAUGGAGCCACCAAAGGAGCCGUCUGUGGGUGGCAGUGGACCAAUGAUGGACAAACACAGAGACAUUCACCCACAGCAGCUGAGAGACAUCCUGGCUGAACAGACGAGGAAACGACAGCAAAAAAAGGAAAUGAUCAAUAAACAGAUAGAGGAAGGAGCUCCAUCUUCUUGUCUUCCUUCACCUCAUCCAGGUGGUCCAGGUGGUUUCUCCCCUGAAGAGGGGCCACGAUUCCCUGGCCCUGGAGGUCCUGGGAUGGAUAGGUGGCCCCACAGCCAGCAGAGACCUCCUCAGCCAAGACACUUCAGACCUCCAGAUAUGGACAUGUUUAUUGGGGUACGACCUGGUGCACCUGGAGCAAUGAGACAGCCCCGCCCCCCUGGGCCAUUGUCCCAACACAGCCAGUUCUCACCCCGGGGUACUUCUCCUCAGAUGUCUCCUGUGGCGGGGCAACAUUCAGUGUUUAAGCCUCAGCUACUACAGUUGGUCCAGGAGCGUAUGCGUCAGGGUCAGCAGGCUAGCUCUGGCAAGCCUUCCCAACCUUCUACCCCCGGGGCACAGCCUGCUCCAGGUUAUGAGCAGUUCAGUCCAGCUGGUGACCUCCCAAAGAUGCCAUUUGACCCUAACAGGCCCCAAAGUCAAGGGCAAUCAGUAUCGGCACCCCAAGGUCAACAGCCAACUGUGAAACAGGAACAGAAAGAAGUAUUGCCAGGGAAAGCUGAGGAGACAGGAGGAAGAGUGGCCAAAACACAGAAACAGGCCAUGUCAUCAGAGGACGAGAAACAAGACACAGAAGAUGAGAAUAUAAGUGACCUACUGGACAAUGAUGGUUCAUUUGACAUAUUGAAGUAUGCUGAUCCAGAGCUAGAUUUUGAUGACCAGGGUAAAAGUAUACUUGAUGACCUUGUAGAAGAGAGUAAGACAGAAGAUUCAGAAUCUGAAGUUAAGAGUGAAAUAGAUGGACCAGGAUCCAACAAACCUGAAGAAAAGGAAAGUGCAGAGACACAGGAUUCCAUUAAGAUGGAAGAUGAUAAAUCUGAAACAGGCCCCAAGUCUGUAGCAGCCAUGGGAGCUGUUGAUUUCCAGGCGAAGUUCCUUGAAUUCAGUAAGAGGAAACAGGAGGAGCGCAAUGGAGAUGGCACUCCAGGUCCCUUGGAUCAGAAGCCCUCCAUCAAUGAGGAAAACAAAAACAAAAGUCAGAUUGCAGCCAUCCUACAAAAUACAGAACACAUGCGCCCACAAUUGGAUCGACGUGACUCGCAGAAGUCCGACAAUGGAUCUGUGGGAAAAGAUCUUCUGCCCCGCACACCAUCAGGGACCCCUACAGGCAUACCCUCAAGCCUGGGUAUGGAUCAGACUACUAUGGGGCAAUCUGGUUUACCACUGGGAUCACGCUCCUCUUACAAUUCAGGAAUGCCUUCACCUCUACAUCAGAUGGCUCAAGUAUACCCAGGUUCUCACCCACAGCCGUCACCCUCUUCUACAACAGGGAAAUACCCCCAGCAAAGUCCAGGAACACCAAGCCUACCCUCACCAAAAGUAUUACCAUCACCUAAAAGCAACAUUCCAUCUCCAAGGACACCAAAUGUUCCAUCACCCUUUAGUCAACAGUCUGGUCUUGGUGGACAGUUAUCUCCCUUCUCACAAGCAGUUCAGUCUCCAUUCUCUCCACCUGUAUCAUCAGCAACACAGUCUCCAUUUAGUGCACCUCCUGCAACAUCUUCAGCUCCUCAGUCUCCGUAUGGGCCUCCAGGAAGGACUCAGUCACCUUUCACCCUCCCAGUGUCAGGGAGCACAGGAAACAGCCAGUCCCCAUUUGGAGCCAUGUCGCAGCCGUCCCCUAUGUCAGCCUCACAGGCACCAGGCCAGCGAUCUCCCCGUGGAACCAUCACUCCCACCAACCAGUACAUGCAAGGAACAUAUGGUCAGCCAAUGAUGCCAGUACCACCUAGGGGUGCAACGACUCUUCAGCCCACUCCUAAUAGCAUCCUGUAUGGUCAGUCAUCUGCAGCCCAACAAAUUAACAAAACCCAAACAGGAAUGUCUGGACCCCGAAUGCCUUUCACAUCACAGGGCAUGCCUCAGCAAGGUCCACCUCAGUCAGUAGAUCAUCAACAUCAACAGCAGCACAUGGAGAUGACCUCACCAGGUGGAACUCCCGUAAUGAGAAUGCCAAGGACAUCCCUUCCAGAGGGCAUCGGAUCAGAACAGGCUAUGCAGUUUCAAAGCCAACAGCAGAUUCCUGCAUCCAUGUACCAGGGUAACAUGCAGGGCCCUCGGCCUCAGGGUGGUAUGAUUGGAGCACCAGGGCAGAGUCAGCCUCCUCCUGGACACCCAGGGAUACGUAUGCCAGGGAUGAGACCCCCUACUCCUACAGCAACAACAACUGCUCAGUCCAAGGUCCGACUCCUACAGGACCAGCCCUUACUCAUACAGGACCUGCUCGAUCAGGUACUGGAAAAGAAAUCCUUGGUCAAUACGCAGAAAAACGUUUUUGGUUCUGGCAUGCACUCCUGGAACCCAGAACAGGAGAAACAAGAACAGCAAAGACAAGCUCAGCAGCAGGCAAUACUACACCGUCGUGACAAUCCAAGUGGCAUUGAAGGAGUACCACCAGGUAGUAUGCCACAAGGAGUUAUGCCACAAGCAAAUAUGACACCAGGGGGUAUGCAGCCGGGUGCAAUGCCGCCUGGAGGUAUGCCACGUAUGGAGGGCAUGCAGCGCCCCCCAGGCUUUCCUAUGCAGGGAUACCGUCCCAGGAUGGAACAUCCACCAGGUGACCCCAACCAGUGGCCACGUAUGUUUGGCCCAUCAGAGGGUGGUCCAGCUCAGCAAGGUAAACCAGGCUUCCCUCCAGGUGUCCCAGCGGGUGUACGCAUGCCAGUGCAGCAGAUGCGGCAGUUUGCUCCAGGCGUCCCACCUCAGCAGGGACCAGGACCAAAUGCAGGAGGCCCAGGCAUGGCCCCACCCCCUCACCCUCCACCAGUACCACCCAUGCAAGGUGAACUGAACCCAGAGUUGGAGCGCCAACACCUUCAGUAUGAGGAAUGGCUCAUCAAACAAAGCCAGUACCUGGAGAUGCAGGUCAAGGCACUGGAACAACAAAUUAAUAAGUGCAAGCGUACCAAGAAAGCAAUCAAUGCCAGAGGCAGAUCUGCCAAGAAAGCCAACAAAGAGAUACCUAUCCAGGAUACACAGGAGCUGGAGCGAGUCACACAGGAACAGUCAAUGCUUCAGAAGCAGCUGGAGGGCCUACGCAAACAGUUCCGCACACAUCAGAUGCAGGCCCAAGAGUACAGGACUAAAAAGAGAGAACGGUUUGGUCUACCAGUCCAGCCCCCACAACCUUCUCAGCCCACGUCUUCAACAGGAGUGCCAGACCCAGUCAUGGGAGGGCCACUGCAGCCUCGUAUCCCUGGUGGACCUGGCACAAUACGACUAACUGCAUCUGCUCGCCAGGAAUAUGAUAACUACAUGCAACAACGACUUCGUCAACAGCAGCAGCAGCAGCAACAGCAACAGAUGGGUGCUCGUCCACCAAUGCACACUGUUGUUGAGGACAAUAACCCAUUCAGUGAAGAAUAUUUAGAGAGAGAACAGAUCCAG